AUGGACACUUUGUUCAGCAAUCUCAACACCAAGUAUGAUGCUGUUGCCACUCAUGUGAAGAAACUAGAGACUCAAGUCACUCAAACUAUGGAAGCUGUUAAGAGACAGGAAGCUGAAUCCAAGAAGUCCUUUUGCAACUCAGCCGCCAUAGAAGAAAGAUUUGAAGACCAAGUUCCAGAAUGGAUGCUUUCAAAACCUACUGUUGAUUGCAUGAUUUGGCCUGAAGAGAAUUACCCAGAGAGAGAGUCCAAUCGAGCUAGAAAGAGAAGACUCUUCCCAAAGAUUAUCCCCAAGACAGAUAACUCAGGAAAGUUUGUUGUGCCUUGUAUCAUCAAAGGUAACAUUCUUGAGCAAUCUUUGUGUGACACAGGAGCCAAUGUGAACAUCAUGUCUAAGAGGAUAGCUGACAAGAUAGGCCUCACCAAGAUAGAGCCAUCAUCCAUCUCCAUCAACUAUGCUGAUUCAUUCUCACAAACCCCUAUGGCUUUGUGCCUAAUGUGA